UACCCACUCUAGUCAGCAGAUGGCGAUUUGAGUCUUUCAGGUGAUGCUGCUUGCGUGACGUAUAAUCUAGUGGACGGAACUGGAGGCUUCUUCAACAGCGACAAAAGGCUUCUGAUUCAACCAACGUGGUGGUUUGCUAGCGAACAUAAAACCGAAACAUUGAAGCGCUUUAGACCAAUCUUGUGUAUUUUACUCUUAGUGUUUUGAAUAUAAUUCUAUUUACUUGUCUACUAGUUCAUUUAAAUGUAAUUUGCUUGUUAAAUUAGCAAAUGUGGUAAAUUGAUAACGCACUAGGCUAAUCGACCGGAGCAUGAGUUCACUAAGCUCGACGGAGAAAGAAGCUCUGAUGAAAGGAGAGGGAGAAGCUUUCAGGAUGAAAAAGGAGGAAGAGGAGGCUUUCACAUUGAAAGAAGAAGAGGAUGAUAUUACAGUGAAAGAGGAAGAUGGGAGAGAGGUUGUCAAAGUGGAAGAGGAGGAGGUAGAAGCUUUCAGAAUCAAAAAGGAGGAAGAUGCCAUAACAUUGAAAGAAGAGAAUGUAGUGAAAGAAGAGGAAGAACCUUUUAGAGUAAAAGAGGAAGAGGAGGCUAUCUCAAUAAAAGAGGAGGAAGACGUUUUGGGAGUGAAAAAGGAGGAGGCUGAAGAUCAGAUUACAACCAGAGAGAGACGUGACUAUCGUGGAUCCUCUGGGGAGCCUCAACAACAUCCUGAUGCUGACGAGGCAGAGAAGAAUCUCUCCAGAUCAGAACACCAGAUGGACAACGCUAGCCCUUCGGCCCUCCCGGAGUCCGUGUGUGGUGCCUCUCCCGGUAGCAUCUUACUGCUGGGUAUGAAGAGGUUGUCUGUGCUGCUGGUGGACUGCAGGAAAACAACGGGGCUGAGUGGAACUGUGAGAGGAGGAGGAGAGAAGAAAGGAUCAGAUUUGACUCAUGAAAGUAAGUGCUGUAGUUUAGUUUGAACAAAUUAAAUAGAUCUGCCCACUGGUAUCUGUUACCAGGACAACCAGCAGAGUUCUGUUAGUUGACAGGAAGAUAGACUGGUAUGUUACCAGGACAACCAGCAGAGUUCUGUUGGUUGACAGGAAGAUAGACUGGUAUCUGUUACCAGGACAACCAGCAGAGUUCUGUUAGUUGACAGGAAGAUGGACUGGUGGAUAUGGAUGUUAUGAAUAUCAUAACACUGAAAAAGGAUUCUGCCAAUGAAAAGAGAGAAACCAAUAGACCAUAAAACCUUGAUGAACGUUAGCUAAAGAGAGAAAGUUAAAAGAUGAUCCAAUGUAAGGUGCUUGUUUUACAAAAACUUUUCCUUAAAACAUUAUGGAUGUUACAUUGUCUGUCCCAGUCAAACCCCCAAAUAAGACUGUUGAACAGGCAAACUAAACUCAAAACACUGUUAAUUAAUUAACUAAUACUGGAGGAAAGCUGUGAUCAGGCUGCCCACUCAAGAGAAAGCUUCAAACUGUAACUAGUGCCGUCAACCUUGUUCAGGUUAUCAGUCAACCUACCAGGGUAGUUACAAACAGUAGAGGAAAGAAAUCAUCAUGUUUUGAUCAUAUCUUUACUAAUGCUGCAGAAAUGUGUUUGAAAGCAGUAUCCAGAUCCAUCAGAUGUAGUGAUCACAAUAUAGUAGCCAUGUCUAGGAAAACCACAGUUCCAAAGGCUGGGCCUAAUAUUGUGUAAAAGAGGUCAUACAAUAAGUUUUGUAGUGAUUCCUAUGUUGUUGAUGUAAAUAAUAUUUGUUGGUCCGUGGUGUGUAAUGAUGAGCAACCAGACGCUGCCCUUGACACAUUUGAAAAUGCUUAUCCCAGUUACUAAUAAGCAUGCACCCAUUUAAGAAUAUUACUGUAAACACUGUUAAAUCCACGUGGAUUGAAAAGGAAUUAAAAAAUGGUAUGAUGAAGAGGCUAAAGAGAUGGCAAAUAGGUCUGGCUGUAUAACUGAUUGGCAAACGUAUUGCAAAUUGAGAAAUCAUGUGACUAAAUAAAAAGAAGAAGAAACUACACUAUGAAACAGAUAAAUGACACGAAGAAUGAUAGUAAAAAAUCUUUGGAGCAUCUUCAAUGACAUGUUGAAACAGCACAGGGGCCUGUGGCCUAUAGUCAGGUGGAACAGGAAGGGGCCUGUGGCCUAUAGUCAGGUGGAACAGCACAGGGGCCUGUGGCCUAUAGUCAGGUGGAACAGCACAGGGGCCUGUGGCCUAUAGUCAGGUGGAACAGGAAGGGGCCUGUGGCCUAUAGUCAGGUGGAACAGGAAGAGGCCUGUGGCCUAUAGUCAGUUGGAACAGCACAGGGGCCUGUGGCCUAUAGUCAGGUGGAACAGGAAGGGGCCUGUGGCCUAUAGUCAGGUGGAACAGGAAGGGGCCUUUGGCCUAUAGUCAGGUGGAACAGGAAGGGGCUUGUAGCCUAUAGUCAGGUGGAACAGGAAGGGGCCUUUGGCCUAUAGUCAGGUGGAACAGGAAGGGGCUUGUAGCCUAUAGUCAGGUGGAACAGGAAGGGGCCUGUGGCCUUUAGUCAGGUGGAACAGCACAGGGGCCUGUGGCCUACAGUCAGGUGGAACAGGAAGGGGCCUGUGGCCUAUAGUCAGGUGGAACAGGAAGGGGCCUGUGGCCUAUAGUCAGGUGGAACAGGAACGGGCCUGUGGCCUAUAGUCAGGUGGAACAGGAAGGGGCCUGUGGCCUAUAGUCAGGUGGAACAGCACAGGGGCCUGUGGCCUAUAGUCAGGUGGAACAGCA